AGCCCGCCCCUCAAUCAGCCUCACACCUCAGGGGAGUCACGUCCCGGGUCCGCCCCUCAAUCAGCCUCACACCUCAGGGGAGACACGUCCCGGGUCUGGAGCCCGCCCCUGCAUCAGCCUCGCACCUUAAGGGAGACACGUACGGGAGGACGGUCCAAACCAAGGAUAACUUCUCCUGCGUCGUCCAACACAUCUAAGCGGACAGUCGAAUUGAAGAAGAAUCUGCAGAAACCCACCUUCAUUAGAAAGAGAACGGACUGCCUCUGGAAGAAUGGAUAAUAACCGGACAAAAACGGAGAAAUCGCAACUCAUUCAUGACAAAAAUGCUCAAAUGGAUUCAUUGAAAUCGAAGGGCACGUUUCCAGACUCCAAAGGGGUACACCCUAGUACCCAGAAUGGAGGGAUGGCCGGCACCGUCGAGCUCCAGAGACCAGUUGGUUUACAUUGCCAUGGCAACAAGGCCAUGGAGUCUGAGGAGAGGGGGGACAAGCGACUGGCCGUGAAGAAGCUCUGUAUAGCCUCCGCUGUGUGCCUGGUCUUCAUGAUCGGAGAGGUCAUAGGAGGUUACCUGGCCCACAGCCUGGCCAUCAUGACAGACGCCGCCCACCUGCUGACGGACCUGGGGAGCAUGAUGGUCAGCCUGUUCUCCCUGUGGAUCUCGUCCAGACCUCCGACAAAGACCAUGAGCUUCGGCUGGCACAGAUCAGAGAUCCUGGGGGCCCUGGUGUCCGUCAUGUCCAUCUGGAUCGUGACGGGGGUCCUGGUGUACCUCGCCAUCGAGAGGAUCAUACGCAACGACUACGAGAUCAACGGCCACGUGAUGCUGCUAACCUCUGGCGGCGCCGUCAUCGUCAACAUCUUCAUGGCUUAUAUUCUGCACCACUCCACUACCUUCCACGGCCACGGAGAAGGUUACCACCAGCUAGACGACAGCGGUGGGAGUUCCACAGCUCACGGCCACUCCCACACACUCCUCGGUGGUCAUGACAACACCAGUGUGCGCGCAGCAUUCAUCCAUGUGGUCGGGGAUCUGCUGCAGAGUGUCGGGGUCAUGGUUGCCGCCCUCGUCAUCUUCUUCCGGCCUGAAUAUAAGAUAGCAGACCCCAUCUGCACCUUCCUGUUCUCCGUCUUCGUCCUCGGGACCACCCUCACCAUCCUCAAGGACGUGUUCAGGAUCCUCAUGGAGGGGGCUCCCAAGGGGGUUGAGUUCAGCUCAGUGAAGGAGGUGCUGCUGUCCCUGGAGGCUGUAAAGGCUGCACACUGCCUCCAUCUGUGGGCCCUUACUCUGGGCCGCUCCCUGGUGUCUGUCCACCUCGCCGUAGGCGAGGGGGCGGACCCCCACUUGGUGCUGACGGAGGCCACAGAGCUGCUGAGGACCAAGUUCGGCUUCACCAGCGUCACCAUCCAGGUGGAGCCCUACUCCACAGACAUGGACCACUGCGCCCACUGCCAGGACCCCACCACCUGAACACACACACACACUGCCUGGUCUAAACACACACACACCCUGGUUUGAGCACACACACACACACACACACACACAGAACACACACUGCCUGGUCUGAACAAUAAUCAGAAUAAUCUGUGGUCUGAAGCAGCACAACUACAGCCCCCACUACACUGGCACAGGGUCGGUCGCCUGGUCUUGGAAGUUUGUGUGUUUAAAAUAAACAUUGUCCCUUACACACCUAUACCACAUAUUAGUAAAGGACGGAAGUCAGCUUUUUUCAUUUAUCUAUCAGUACUUGGAGAGGGAGAGGGAAUUUUUUCAUGAAACAAAACCGGUAAUGGUUAGAAAAGUGCAUUUCAUUAUCUGUAACAAAUCAACUUCAUUCAAAGCGAAAUGAAUGAGAAGCUGUUUGCCACAGCUUCUCAUUCAUUAGUCAUCUAUUUUCAUCACCAUACAACCAAUAUGUGUCAUAUAGUUUCUGUGUUCCCGGUUCCUAAUCAAAUUCAAGGACUUUCUGGAGUACAAUUCUGUCGUCAGAAUAAUCUUCCUUUCACAUGAGAUGGGAAGAGCGAUCGAGUCGAGGAAAGAAUUGAUUUCCACAACUGUCACUUUUCUCCUUGGAUAAGAGGACUUAGUUCAAACACUCCACUGUGAUUCAUAACACUCACUGCUGGAUGAACCAGUCUGCCAGUUAUUAUAUCAUAAUGGUAUGACAAUGUCAGUGUCACAUCUAAACCCUAGGACCAAGAGAGCAACUGGGAGACCUUUCCUGACACAUACAACCAUGACCCUUUUAAAGGAUCCAGCCGACAAACAGCCAGCCAGCCAGUCCAAAGUGUUCUUUGGUAAUUAAUUCUCCUGAUACACUGAAACUAACAUUCAGCUGAACCAUCAUUAAUGGGUACUCAUUCCAAACCAAACAUUUGCAUGGUUACCUGUUGAAAAUAAUAUAUUGACCAUAGUCAUAAAGAGAUAUAUUUAACUGUGAAUAUCAAAUGUUUUUCUGAUGUAUGAAAAAAAAAGCUAACAUACAAAUGAAAUAAUGAUCAAGGCAUCCAUUUGACUAUUUGACCAUGGUUUCAGAGCAGAGAAAGCAUUUUUUUGCAGUUUGGUGGAACAAAAUAUUUAAAAUCAUUCCAAAAUCAGUGAGUAUAGUAAAAACAAUAGAUGCAAUACUUUCCAUUGGUGUUGCUGUACGUUUGCUGUUGGUAUCAUUGGAGAAUGCGUUGUCUUUUGUACUCAAACUGUCUGUGAAUUACUGUAACAUUGGAUGCUUUUGUAAAUAAAUUUCAUGUACUUUGUGAUUUCUUUAGUGCAAAUAUUUUUGUAAAUAUUAGUUUCAUUGUAAUCAUUCUCAGAGGUAUUGUUUGUUAAAGCGUUUAAUUCCUGAGUCCACAAUGUGCUGUUUGAUAUUUUAUGUGUACAUGUUCAAAAUGAUUUUUUCAAAGACUAAUAAAAGAAUGCAGAUGACCAAA